UAGCAUAACAGAUAGCUUAGAGAAAGAGUAGAUAAUAAAUAGAUAAAAUGGUGUAUCGCUGUGUUUGUGCCGGGUGCAAGAACUCCAGCAAAACUGGACAUAGGGUCCAUUGUUUCCCUAAGGACAAAGGGAUCUUCCGAAGCUGGGUGCAAUUUGUCAAGAUUAGGCGGGCAGAUUUUUCAGCUAGCUCUGUCACCGCCUACUCGAGAAUAUGGAGCGCGCAUUUCAAGGAGGAGGAUUACCACUCAGGGGACGCCAAGAUGGUCGCACUUGGUUUAAAGAAUGAGAAAAUGGCAAAGUUAAUUCCUACCGCCGUGCCGUCUGUGAAUCCAAACCUCUCUGCUUGCCCUGUCCCGAGGUCAAGAGAAACCACCGUCUGCCGCAAGCGAGCUAUUGCCACGAUGUUGACUGACGUCUCACAGCAGGAGACCGUGGACAGUGUAGACACUGUGGAGAGUGUCGAUACUGGGGAUCAGCCCUUGCCCUCCUCCACUUCUGACGCUGAGACACAGUGUUAUCUGAAGCCCCCCCGAUGGUCUCACGGUAAAUCUUGGGUAUUUUUAAGGGGUAGAUAUUCUGUCUAAAACAUUGCCAGUAUCUAUGCAAGCAGGACAUUUCCAUACACAUUGAUUAAAUUAAUACAUAGCCUACACCAAAACAUAGCCGCUUAGAUUUGCCAUAAUUGUCACAUGUUUGGGUAUGUUUACUGCCUCUCCACCGCUGUGCAGGUUAACCUGAAGCCCAAGAUGGUCAGUGUGGGCACACAGACGUCAUUUAGCCCACAAACCUCCACUCCCCUCGCUAGUCCAGAACAGACAGAUGAAGAUGAUAAUGCCUCUGUCAUCAGUGAAUUAUCAUGGGCGCCCGAAGAGCCGAUGCAUGAGGAGGAUGAGGAGGACUUGUUUGAUAAGGAGCCACCUUACACUUGUGACCCCCACCACAAGAGAGAUAAUUUAAAACCAAUAUAUACCAUUUUGAAUGCUCUUUUUUUUUGUGUACUGUAGUUUGAAUGACCCCCCCCCCCCCCCCCAUUUAUUUUUUUGUUGUAGUGCCAUUGACAAAUUCAUUGUAUGCCAAGAGGAGCUGAUGGCCCUUUUUGCCAUCUGUCCGGCCUGUUGUGAGAGGUCAGAUAGUAGCAUCGUGCAGCAGGAAGGAACUUUUGUUAAGAUCAAGCAGGUACAGUUUUGUUUACGCAGCAGGCCAUCUGAAUAUAUAAUAAAUCAGAAUAUCUAAUUGCAAUCUGAUAGCUCUGACUGUCUUGCCAGUUAAUUUACAAUGUAUGUACCAGGCUGGGUUUAGUCUGUUGGUUUGUGAUGGCAUCAUAUUUGAGUGUUAUACUGUAUUGGUCAUGUGUGUUUCAUUAAAAA